UUUUGCAUAUUAUUAUCAUCAUUCAUCAAACCUCAUCAUUAUCAAAAUAUUCAAACCUAAUCCCAACUCAAACCAUGUCUUCUUCCGACUGUCCGUCACCGUUACCCACCGCCCCGAAACUUCAAGUUGAUUCCGUUACUUUUCCACCGUCCGUCAUCUCACCGGCUUCCUCCAACCCUCUCUUCCUCGGUGGCGCAGGUGUGCGAGGUUUGGAAAUUCAAGGAAAGUUUGUGAUCUUCACCGUCAUCGGAGUUUACCUAGAUCCUGUCUCUGUACCGUCACUCUCCGUUAAGUGGGAAGGUAAAACGACAGAGGAACUAACGGAAUCCGUCCCUUUCUUCCGUGAAAUCGUCACAGGUUCGUUUGAGAAAUUCAUUAAAGUGACGAUGAAGCUGCCGUUAACGGGACAGCAAUAUUCAGAGAAAGUAACGGAGAACUGUGUGGCGAUAUGGAAAUCGUUAGGGAUUUACACAGACUCUGAAGCUAAAGCAGUGGAGAGGUUCUUGGAUGUCUUCAAGGACGAAACGUUCCCUCCUGGUGCUUCCAUCCUCUUCGCUCUCUCCCCUGAAGGCUCUCUUACGGUUGCGUUUUCGAAAGAUGAUAGCAUUCCUGAAACGGGAAAAGCGGUGAUCGAAAAUAAGUUGUUGGCAGAGGCAGUUCUUGAAUCGAUCAUUGGAAAGAACGGUGUGUCUCCUGGGGCUAGGUUGAGUGUUGCCGAGAGAUUGGCUCAGCUGAUGAAGGAGAAUAAGGUCGAAGAAGAUGCAACAAAGACUGAUCAAGAGGAAGCUAACGAUCUCUCCCUGGCCAAAGAAAACUGAUCCUGUGGGAGAUUUUUAUGUUUCUAUGCUUAAUAACAUUGUGUUUAGUUCCCAUCGCAUGUUUUAACUCUGCUUAUUUUCGUAACAAUUAUUAGAUAAUCAUAUGAAGUU